AUGCCGCAGGGAGGCCCCAGGAGAGUGGGUGGCCCCUGGCUGUGCCCACACUCACGCAAGCCCUCCUCCCCGCUCCCCGACUGGAGGGAGUUCUGCGAGCUGCACGCCCAGGCGGCCGCCGUCGACUUCGCCCAGAAGUUCUGCCAGUUCCUGAAGGAGAACCCCCACUACGACACCCCCGGGGCAGAGACCUCCUUCUCUCACCAUUUCGCCGCCAACUUCUUGGACAUCUUUAGCCUGGAGGUCAGCCGGGUGUUCGUGUCCGACUCCCCCACCAAGUACAACAUUGUGCCCUUCGUGGGGCUGCAGAACUGCCACGUCCCCUACGGACGCGAGGUCAACCCGAGGAAGGAGGAGACGUCCACCGAGUCCCUGGACAGCAUGGACACCCCGUUGGGCGCCGGACGGUACCUGAGCCCGGUACAGCAGGUGCAGGCACGCAAGGUGUCCUCCUAUGGCCAGUCCCGCAGCUCGGAGGACGUCUCCAUCCAUGCUGCCACCAAGCCCAAGUUCAAGAAAGGCUUCUCCUUGAGGAACAUGAGCUUGUGCGUGGUGGAUGGUAUGAAGGAGAUGUGGCAUCGCAAGUCCUCUCCGGAGCCGGGUGCUGAGGCUGCCCCGAGUGGCCGGAGAGCCGAGAGGGAGCCGUGGCCGGCUGGAGGGGGCAAGGAGCCUGGUGACCCACGGGAAAAAUGGACCCACAAGCUGCGCCUGUCCAAGGUGCCCUCCUCCAAGGUGGAGCUGGUGGACAUCCAGAGGGAGGGGACACUGCGCUACAUGGUGGCCGAUGACACGAACUGUGUGGGGAGCUCGCAGUGGCAGAAGUGCCGCCUCCUGCUCCGGAAAGCGGUGAAGGUGGAAGGAGAGAGGUUCCUCCUCGAGUUUUACGUCCCUCCGAAGGCUUCCAAACCCAAGGUGAGCAUCCCGCUGUCGGCCAUCAUCGAGGUCCGCACCACCAUGCCGUUGGAGAUGCCCGACAAAGACAACACCUUCGUCCUAAAGGUGGAGAACGGGGCUGAGUACAUCCUGGAGACCAUCGACUCCCUGCAGAAGCACUCCUGGGUGGCGGAUAUCCAGGACUGCAUCGACCCCGGGGACAGCGGGGACGACAUCGAGCUGGCGUCCUGCGCGCAGGGAGCCUGUCUGCCGGGCAGGGUGUCCUCCUGCAGCUGCGAGUUCCUGGCUGACGAUGUGCCCAGGCCGCCAGACAGAUGUGCCCUGCCUGGCGCUCACAACACCGCCACAGCCACCGCCGUCCCCACGCCCCACGGCCGGGGCAGGGACUCCCUGGGGGAGCUCCUCACCCACGUCCCGCUGGAGAGCUUCCUGCAGACGCUGGAGUCUUCCCCCACUGCCAGUGGGCAUCUCGCAGGGGAGGACAACGAGGCGGAGGCGGAGAUCAACCUCUCCGACUUCCCCUGGUUCCAUGGGACUCUCUCGCGGAUCAAGGCGGCUCAGCUGGUGCUUUUCGGGGGUGCCCGGAGCCACGGCUUGUUCGUCAUCCGGCAGAGUGAAACACGGCCGGGGGAGUACGUGCUGACCUUCAACUUCCAGGGGAAAGCGAAGCACCUCCGCCUGUCGCUGAAUGAGAGCGGGCAGUGCCACGUGCAGCACCUCUGGUUCCAGACCAUCUUCGACAUGCUGCGCCACUUCCACACGCACCCCAUUCCCCUCGAGUCGGGCGGCGCGGCCGACAUCACCCUCCGCAGCUACGUCGUGGCCCAGAGCCCGCUGCCCGAUGCCGGCCCCCCACCAGCCCUCGCAUCGCAGCCACCGGGCUGCCGGGUUGACCUGCCGCCUCCGCACUACUUCUGCAGCACAGCACCCACCAGCCUGCCGGCCCCACCGCCCACCGAAGGGGUGGCCGUGGCCCCUGCUGGCACCGUUUCUGCACCCUACCACCGCUUAGAGGGUGACCUGGGCCCCCGGAGCCGCAGCGACAGCACCGAGCGCCGGCCAGACCCCCCCACCACCAAUGCCGAGGACUACCAUGAGGCUGAUGGUGCCCGGAGCCGGACCCGGGCAGUGGAAAACCAGUACUCCUUCUACUGA